GUAUAUGUACGAAGCCUUUACUUUUAGCUUUCAGCUUCCUUUUCUUUGCUUAGUCUGCGUACCUUCAUCUGUAAAACAUUAAUUAUUUUUAUUAUCUUUAUUAAGUUUUGUAAUAAUUGAUCAUAAUUUAAUCAAUCAAUUCAAUUAUGGUUGAUCCAGCCAAUGAACAACUCAAUAUCGACUCUAUCAUUGCCCGACUAUUAGAGGUUCGCGGUUCCAAACCUGGUAAAAAUGUUCAAUUAUCUGAAGCCGAAAUAAAAGGUUUAUGUAUCAAAUCAAGGGAAAUAUUUUUGAGUCAACCAAUUUUACUGGAAUUAGAAGCACCUCUUAAAAUAUGUGGUGAUAUACAUGGCCAAUAUUAUGAUCUUCUACGUCUAUUUGAGUACGGUGGAUUUCCACCAGAAAGUAAUUAUUUGUUCCUAGGAGAUUACGUAGACAGAGGGAAGCAAUCUUUAGAAACAAUCUGUCUCCUCUUGGCAUACAAAAUUAAGUAUCCUGAAAAUUUCUUCCUAUUGAGAGGAAACCAUGAGUGUGCCAGUAUCAAUCGGAUUUAUGGUUUUUAUGAUGAAUGCAAAAGGCGAUACAACAUAAAAUUAUGGAAAACUUUCACAGACUGUUUCAAUUGUUUGCCAGUGGCAGCUAUUGUUGAUGAAAAAAUAUUCUGCUGUCAUGGAGGUUUGAGCCCUGAUCUUCAUUCUAUGGAACAAAUUCGUCGUAUAAUGAGACCCACCGAUGUUCCUGAUCAAGGACUUUUAUGCGAUCUCCUCUGGUCUGAUCCUGAUAAAGAUGUUAUGGGAUGGGGAGAAAACGAUAGAGGAGUGUCUUACACUUUUGGUGCUGAUGUUGUCGCCAAAUUCCUGCAAAAACAUGACUUAGAUUUGAUAUGUAGAGCCCACCAGGUUGUUGAAGAUGGUUAUGAAUUUUUCGCUAAACGUCAAUUGGUAACACUAUUCUCAGCUCCUAACUACUGUGGAGAAUUCGACAAUGCUGGGGCCAUGAUGAGUGUCGAUGAGACUCUUAUGUGCUCUUUCCAGAUUCUAAAACCAGCAGAUAAGAAAAAAUUCACUUAUACUGCUAUGAACAAAUCACGGUCUUCAAGGUAAUCUAAAGAUUUACACCAAUCAUAAUUUAAUGAAAUCACAAGAAAAGUGCAAAGUUCUACCACUUUGCUUUACCUUCUCAAGAAACUUUUCCUUGGUGGUCUUUACCUUAAUCUGGAUAAACAUUUUUUCUUGAUUUAACUUUCACUUUAUAAAACACCAAAUAAACAUUCAAAUAUCCUAUCAAUAUUUGGAGAAAAAAAACUCAUUUUUAUCAUCAUUAAAAAUCAUCUGCAUCAUUAUCACCAGUGUCACCAAUAUUAUCAACAUCAUCAUCAUCGAUGGAAAAGUGUAUUUACUGGAACAUGCUAAGUUAAGCAAUAAAAUCAUCAUUAAAAUGAUUA